AUGCCAUCGACUCAAACGACGUCUGGUCUUCCUAAGCAAAACGAAUUCUGCAUACGCAUUGCGGCUACUGCUAUUUUUGACCGUCACAUCUGGCUUCGUGGAACCACCGAGAAGGACAGCCAAGACCAUGACGAUUAUUCGCAUCCGAAUAGCCACGUGCAAUGGAAUAUCCCCUUGCCUACUCUGAGCAUUCACAUCGACACACGGGCGAAGAAAAGUGCUCAUUACAUCCUCCCCGCCGGCACAGAUCGCAAGAUGCAGUUCUAUCUCACCAUCACCGUCAUUAAAACCAACCUGACAGUGACAAGUCAGCAAAUCCUCCGGCAAAGGAAAUUUAUGCGAAGCCCUCGGCGCGAGAUGAAGUGGCGAGCAGCCAGUGCCAUUGACUAUAUCGGCCUUAGCACCGUGAGAAAGAAGAGAAGACGCGAACUGGGAAGCGUCCAUGAUAGCUAUUUGAAGUGCCGUUCGCCCUAUCCUAUUCACUCCACUUAG